AGGAAGUGCUUGUUCCCACGUUGUUGCAGCUGCGGGGAGAAGCUCCGCCAGCAUGGCUACCACCGCCGCCAAAAGAAGCAAAAAACUGGGUGACUUGAGCGUGGAUGAAUUUUUAACGUCCGGAUUUGAUUCUGAUUUGGAAGAUGAUUUAAUAGAAGAUACUCCAAAUUCUGGGGGAGAUGAGAAAAAAAUGUUGCCUUCAGAACUUGGCAGCAAAAAUAAAUCAGGAGGUAAUUUGAUAACGGUGGAAAGGAAAACAAAGAAGGGUCAUGCUUCAGAGCAUAAAGACCAGCUGUCUCGACUAAAGGAACGAGAUCCGGAAUUUUACAAGUUUCUGGAAGAAAAUGACAAGACUUUGCUCAAUUUUGAUGAUUCUGACAGUUCUGAUGAAGAGAAGAACCAUCACGUGUUGCCUGAAAAAUUAGAGGAAGCAACUGAUGAUGAAGAUGAGGAAGAAGAAGAAGAAGAAAAAACAGCUAAGCGGAAAAAAAUGGACUUUAUCACAGUGUCAUUGAAAAUGGUGGAACACUGGAAGGAAGUCGCAGAGUCAUUGAUGAAACAUUUCUAUUUUUCCAUCUCCUGCUUAGUCUUCAACACCCUUGUCUCCUUCUGCGUCCGCGACCUCUUUGUUCUUCUGCAAAAAAUGCUUCAGGUGAAACCUGCAAAAAAUAAAUCAAAGAUAGUCUUGCCUUCCUCCAGCCCGUUGUGGGGCAAGUUACGAUUGGACAUCAAAAUGCACCUGGGCUGCACCAUUCAACUUCUGUCGUGUUUAACCCAAACCUCAGUAACAACAGCUGUACUCCAGCACAUCAGUGCCAUCGUGCCUUAUUAUUUGAGCUUUCCCAAACAGUGUCGCGUGCUACUUAAGCAAACGAUUCGACUCUGGAGCACGGGCGAUGAAGUUGUCAGAGUUCUAGCUUUUUUGAUACUCAACAAAAUCUGCCGGUAUAAGCAGGAAGCUUAUUUGCCUUCUGUUCUUAAGCAAAUGUACAUUUCCUACGUCAAGAAUUCGAGAUUCACCUCUCCUAACGCUCUCCCCCUGAUCAACUUCAUGCAACGGACGCUGAUAGAGAUGUACGUUCUGGAUCACGCGGUGUCCUACCAGCAGGCUUUCGUUUACAUCCGCCAGCUGGCCAUCCACCUGCGCGGGGCGAUGUCCGUCAAAAAGAAGGAAAACUAUCAGUCAGUUUACAACUGGCAGUAC